AUGGAAUUCCUCGGAACCACCCAGACGGCCAGCUACUGCGGCCCCAAGAAAAGCUGCCUGCUUCCGGAAGUGGCUCCGACUAGUAUCAGCCAGGACAGCUACCAGUCUUAUUACCUUCCUGGCUACCGCCACCUCAGCUCCUGGAGACCCAGCUUGUUCUACAAAGUGUCUUCCUUCCAUCCCAACAGUGAUGGGCAGGGGGGCGGGCGCCUCAGUGCCCCGCUGCGGCCCCCCACCAUCCUGCCCUCCAUGCGGACCUCCCUGUAUGCCCGCUACAGCCCCCAGGACUGGUUCAACGCCAACCGGGUCCAGUUCAGAGGGUCAGAGGCGUACCGCCACUGGGCCGGCCGGCUGAAUGCCGACUCGCUGUGCUUGAUGCAGGAUAAGGAGCAGCUGACCCGGCAGCAGCAGGAACAUUCUGGGAAGAGCCUGGGCCAGAGGCUGGCUGACAUAGACUUCUGGCGGUCUGAGCUGACCUAUGAGCUGGAACGGCUCUUGACCGACACUCGCACUCUGGACACCGCCAAGAGACGCCUGGAGUGCGCGGCAGACGAGUUGCAGGGGCCGCUGCAGGUGGACUGGAGUUACACCCGCAAAAGCCCACUGGGUGUAACUUUGGGUGCAACUUCGCUUUUGACUGGCACCUGCAAAAUGGCGGGCUAUUCAAGUGAUGUGUAUGUGACUCUUCUGCUGGCAACUCUGCCAAGCCAGAAAACCUGUGGAUCUGGCAGCCGGGAAACAAACAGCUCCAGACCUUGUGUGUUACCGCUGCCUGGUUUCCAGGUAACUGUUUAUUUCCCCGAGAUGUGCCAGCUCAGCAGUUUAGAGGAACAGAAACAGGACUCAACACAGCCGCAGAAUAUUGAAAUAAAAAAUGAGUUUAUUGAGAUGCUGACCUACGUGUCAGCACCUGCUAUCACAGCAACUGGCGACAUCGCCUAG